GUCAUCAAGGAGAGUACUAUUACCAUUUAUCUUUCCGCAACAAAAGCAACGUCUUCUCGCUCGUCUACGCGUACGCAGUGCGUACUUAUACUGUAUACACGGUGUGUCUCCGGAGAAAAAUACGGUUAUAUAGGAGCCGAGAGGCAGUGCCCACCUCGCUUCCAGUUCCAGUUACCAGCACCAGAAGGAGCAAACUGAGAGGAGAGGAGACAGAGCGGCACAGGAGGAGAGAGAGGAGAGAGGAGGGAGCGGGGAGGGGGGAGAGAGAGAUAGCUCCAAUCUCUCGCCUGCCCUAGCUGCCGAGAUUCUCGACCGAUUCCAAAACAAAAAAUAAGGUGGAGAUUGAAGAGUGGCCAUUGGAGCGCGACGUCUGAGCUGAGCGGAACCCAAAUUUGACGGCGAAGAUGUCUGUGAGCCAUGCGGAGGACAUCGAGAUAUCGCUGUGCGACGGCAACUCGGAGGACGAGCGGCGGCGGCGGAAGAUCGGCUCGCUGCGGCGGAAGGCCAUCCACGCGCUCAAGAAGCGCGGGCGGCGGCGCGUCGACUUCCGCUUCCCGCCGGCGGCCAUCUCCAUCGAGGACGUCCGCGACGCCGAGGAGGAACGCGCCGUCGCCGCCUUCCGCGACCGCCUCAACGCGCACGGGCUCCUCCCCGACAAACACGACGACUACCACAUGAUGCUAAGGUUCUUGAAAGCCAGGAAGUUCGACGCGGAGAAGGCUAUGCAGAUGUGGGCGGAAAUGCUGAAAUGGAGGAAGGACUUCGGAACUGACACCAUCCUUGAGGAUUUUGAGUUUGAAGAACUGGAUGAUGUGCUGCGCUACUACCCUCAGGGCUACCAUGGUGUCGACCGUGAGGGCCGGCCUGUGUACAUUGAGAGGCUCGGGAAGGUGGAUCCGAACAAGCUCAUGAACAUCACCUCGACGGAUCGCUAUAUCAAGUAUCACGUCCAGGAGUUUGAGAGGGCCUUCAGGGAAAGGUUCCCAGCCUGCACAUUGGCCGCUAAGAGGCACAUCGACUCCACCACCACCAUCUUGGAUGUCCAGGGUGUGGGGCUUAAGAAUUUCUCCAAGACUGCCAGGGAACUUAUUCACCGUAUGCAGAAGAUUGACAGUGACUAUUAUCCCGAGACGCUGCACCAAAUGUUCGUCGUGAAUGCUGGCAGUGGGUUCAAGUUGAUCUGGAACAGUGUGAAGGGCUUCCUUGACCCAAAAACUUCAUCCAAGAUUCAUGUUCUUGGUUCGAACUAUCAGAGCAGGCUUCUUGAAGUAAUAGACUCGAGCGAGUUGCCAGAAUUCCUAGGUGGUUCAUGCACAUGUAGUGACAAGGGUGGUUGUCUUGGAUCAAACAAAGGGCCAUGGAAUGAUCCUUAUAUAUUGAAGCUGAUACACAAUUUGGAGGCUGGAUGUGUGAGGGAAAUCAAACCUGUUUCUGAGGGGGAGGAAAGAAGCUGCUCUUCUUUUCGAUUGGAACAGUUGAAAUGGCAGGGCAUGUUAAGUGAUACAUCAAAUGCUGAAUCAGGAUCUGACGUUGAUGAUUUUGGUCCAUCGUAUAUUCAGAAAGUUUGUGACUAUGGUUGCCUCACUCCAGUUCAUGAGGAAGUAAAGGGUACAGACUGUGCAACAUACUUCAGCUGUGAUGAUCAGAGUCAUUUGGACAUGGCUCCGGUGUCUUAUAGUGGAGCACGACGAACUACUGAAAUGGUCCAGAAACCAAGGGCUGAUUUUAGGCAAUCUUCUACCAACACAAGGCCUGAUCACUUGGGGAGCAAUGCACUCAAUGUGGAUGGUACAGUUGCUCAAAGGGGUUGGCAAAACAUCGUUGAACUUGUAGUCACAGGCUUGAUCAAGCUCUUUACCUUCAUCCGGCUUUUCAUCUCUAGAGCUGAGGGGAGGCUUGAGAACGUCCAUCGCUCUGCCCCACCAGUAAUCCUAGCACCAGAGAAGCCACGGCCUCGUACUGUCAGUGAUGAAGAGAUGUGUGCCUGUUUACAGCGUCUUAACAAUCUCGAGUCAUUGUGCAACCAUCUUGCCACCAAACCACCACAGAUCCCAGAAGAUAAGGAACUCGUACUGCUGAGCUCAUUUGAGCGGAUCAAAUCUGUUGAGGCUGACCUUGAGAGGACAAAAAGAGUGUUGCAUGCCACGGUGGCGAAGCAGAAUGCAUUGGUGGAGGCUCUGGAAUUUGUACAGGAGUCGUCUAGAGUUAGGAAGAGGAUGUUCUGUUCAUAGGACAUGGAUUAACACCAGAUCCGGACCACGUCGUCGACAUUAACCACCCGUGAAGCUGCCAGUGCCAUUUUUGACCCCCGCCGACUCCCAAGGAAAACUAAGAAACCUUCGGAAUUUGAAAGAGAAGAUCGCAAUCCCUGUUUGCUUCCUUUCAUUCCCGAUUUUGUAGCUGGUACUUGUACUCCCGUGGCCCUGGUGAAUGCCGCGCCGUGCCAGGCCCUAUGUUUUUUGUUUUUUUUGCUUGGCCAAGUCGUCCCAUAGCCUAGCAUCAGGGCUGAGAGCCGAGGUGACGGUGAGUUGCCAUGGAGAACUGCUGAAGUUGUUGUACUGACCCCCUCUCCUGGCUGGAGCUGGAAGAAACGCAUUGGCGAGCUUUGUAUCCAUGUCCGUGUACAUGCCAUGGUCCUCCGAUUCUGAUGACGAUCAGCUAAUACAGGUAAUGACAUGGUCCUCUUCAUUCUCUUCUCA